UGCGAAAACACAUAUAGCGUUGAGGUUUUAGUGAGAGAAGCGCGGCUUACGGAUACGCGUGGAGUUAUUUCGUGAAAAUCUGGUUCUUGAUUAUUAUCUCAUCUUUUCUUUCACCGUUUAUAUCGCUCUACUUUGUUGAAUUGUUCGUCUUGUUUCUCCUGAAUUUCUAGGGUUAGGGUUUUAUUUUCAUCUGUUUUUAUUCGUAUAUUUAGUGGUUUCGUACUUAAGAUUUCUGCGGUUUACCUGGAACGCCAAUCUGGAACCGAUUGUCUACUGAUAUCUCACUCUACCUAUCUAUGGCUAUGGAGUCUGCUAUUGUGAUCAAGGUCAAGUAUGAAGAGACACUCAGGCGAUUCAAUGCUCGUGUCAUCAAUGAGAAACUUGAUCUUAACAUGGAUGGAUUAAGUGACAAGAUCUUUCAACUUUUCAACAUUGCUCGUGAUGCUGAACUCAUACUAACAUAUGUUGAUGAGGAUGGCGAUGUAGUUACACUUGUUGAUGAUGAGGAUCUGCAGGACGUUAUGAGGCAGGACCUGAAUCCCUUGCGAAUAUCUGUGAGGUUGAAUGCUGCCGAAAGAAGUAGCAGGCCUUCAUCUAGAUCUAGUGGAAGUUCUACUCCCUUACGAUCACCUCGGGUUCAGCCUCCAUUUCCAAACUUGAAUUCCAGUGUUUCUGAUGCUCUCAAGUCCGUGCCAGAACCUCUGCGUGAAACUGUAAUGAAGCUCUAUUCUGACCUGACUUCAAGGGCCUCAUCCUCUGCUCCAAUCCUUGCUGAGCUUGUUGAUGGUAUCUCUAAGAUGGGGCUAUCCUACUACCAGAAUCAUCCUUCAGGGUCUCAGCCUGUCAAAGAAACAAGCUUCCCUAGUGGAGCAUCUAAUGAAAAUACUAUGGUUGCUGAUGGAGGCAAUUCAAAUGGUAAAAGUGGGGUGCCAUCCAUAAAGAAGAACGAGCCCCACACAGCCCUGAAUGAUGCAGGGAGAACGGCUAAAGCUAUAGAAUCAGAAUUCAAUUAUGUGGAUGAUGCGCUAGAUGCCUGGGUCAAGCUAAGAUCUAAAUCAAAUGCUUUGGAAGCUGAUCAAACUGAAACUGCGCCAUCGUCAUCCAAAGGUCCUAAUGCUCACACAUUGCUGGUAAAUAGUGGGGAGGAGAAGGAUAAGAAAUUUGGUGCUUGUCCUGGUGGAAAGCCUCUUGCCUUCUCACAUAAUAGUGCCUCACCUGUUCCACCAGAAAAGCCUUCUGGGGAGAAGCCCAGCAAGAAUCAUUCUGUAGCUAAGCCCGUUGAUAUGGGUGGCUCUGCAAGUUUUGGCAAAUUGAAAAAAUGCAUCUGGGAUUCCCGUAAUGCAGAUUCCAGUGGCAGUUCUAUCAAGAUGCCUACUUUACGCCUAGUUCCGGUCCCUGCGAAUGAAUGUCCAUUUCCCCAGGUGCCAAAGAACGCUUCACGUCUAGUUCAGGUUCCUGCAAAUGAGUGUCCAUUUUCCGGGGUGCCAAACGACCCUGUCCCACCUCCUCUUGAGGUCCCACUUAAAAGGAGUCAUAAUCACAGUGAUGGGACUGGGACUAUUUUCCACAGAGGUGUUCGUUGUGAUGGUUGUGGUGUUCAUCCAAUAACUGGCCCUAGAUUCAUAUCUAAAGUACAGGAGAACUAUGAUCUCUGCAGCAUAUGCUUUGCUGAAAUGGGAAAUGAUGCUGAUUACAUCAGAAUGGAUCGUCCUUUAACUUACCGGCAUCCCUUGUCUUUCAAGGGUUUACAUGAUCUGCAUGCUGCGAGGUUUCGUAUCCCAACUGUUCCACAUGUCUCUCGAGGCUAUGGGGUGAAACCAGGUCGGCCAAAGCUGGACAGCCGCUUCAUACAGGAUGUCAAUAUCCUGGAUGGAACCAUCAUGGCUCCCUUGACUCGAUUUACCAAGAUCUGGAGAAUGAGGAAUAAUGGUAACCUUGUCUGGCCUCAAGGAACUCAACUUGUUUGGAUUGGGGGAGAUAGGUUAAGUGAUAAAUUCUCUGUUGAAUUAGAGAUAACUACAGCUUGCUUGGCUGUUGACAAGGAGCUUGAUGUGGCAGUUGAUUUUACUGCUCCUGUGCAUCCUGGUAGGUACAUAUCCUACUGGAGGAUGGCUUCGUCUUCAGGGCAGAAAUUUGGCCAGCGUGUAUGGGUGCUUAUCCAGGUCGAUGCUUCAUCAAACCUUCCAAAAAAGGAGUUGGUCCACGAAGCCUUUCAGGGGUUAAACUUGAAUUUACCUCCUGCCGGCGAUGGCGCAUCUGGAUCUGACAUUGUCAAUGUGAAUCCAGAACCUCAGAAUGUCCUUCCUGAGCCUAAGAGCUCUAGCACAACGAUAGAGUUGGUUGAUUCAGUGACUGAUGUACACCAGAACAAGGAGCAGGAGGCCAUAUUUCCUACUAAUGAUAGCUUGUUGGUUGGAUUUGGUGACAAGUCAAGUUCUUCUGCUCCCGGUUCAUCAAUUUCAUAUCCAAUUAUUGAUUUGUCUGAGGAAGCACCAGCAGUUACUUGUGUGGUACCAUCCGCUGCUGUAGAUACGCAGGCACCACCCCAGGGUGUUAGAGGGAAUAACGAAAUUGAGACGUCCCUCCUCCGUGAGCUGGAGGAAAUGGGGUUCAAGCAGGUGGAUCUGAACAAGGAAAUCUUGAGGAAGAAUGAGUAUGACUUGGAGCAGUCUGUUGAUGAUCUCUGUGGUGUUGCUGAGUGGGAUCCUAUCCUCGAAGAGCUGGAGGAGAUGGGUUUCUCCGACAAAGAAAUGAACAAGAAGCUGCUUAAGAAGAACAAAGGAAGCAUCAAGCGUGUUGUCAUGGAUCUUAUUGCUGGAGAGCAGUAGGGGAGAUUUACUGUUUGUCCUACCGGGUGAUUGAUAGUUUGGGGUAUGAAUAAUUUGUGGGAUGCAACAACAUGGAUUUGGUUACUUUUUGUCAAGUACAGUGGUUCGACGAACUCUUUUAAGUUAUUACUUGAACUAGCUGUGUAAUAUAUAUACUAUGGUAAGUAGUCGUAUCCUAAAACACCUGAUAUUUAGUGCUUAAUGCAUAUGAAUAUUUUUCUUGGAAAUAGCAAGGAGGCAGAGAAAUUUACGUUCUUGUUAGA